CAUACUGACAUUUGACAUUGUUGACAGUAAAUUAAAAUUAAAUAUAGGUUAGUUUUAAUUUUAAAAGAAUUUUUAAAAAUGUGGAAAACGUUUAAUUCUGCGCUAACCACGGCAAUAAAAGCACAAAAUAAUUUACUACCCGUUAACGGGCUGCUUUAUCAACAAGCGAGGACUACAUUUGUCCUGAAGAGAAAACAUCCAGCACAAUUGCACAAGGCCGGCUGCAGCCCGAAGAAGUUCCGAAAUAAACAUUACAUUUACGAACUGGUGAAAGAUACUAACAUAGAACUGCAACCAGACAUCGAUGUUAUACUAACGUCAGUAGUGGAAGGGCUUGGAAACACCGGAGACACGGUCUCUGUUAGACCUACUAUUGCCUAUCAGAAAUUAUUGUUGCCUGGCUUGGCCGUUUACGCGAAUCCAGAAAAUCGCGAAAAGUACAAAGAUAUCGCUGAAACCACUACCGAAGUCAAGUACAGCACACCUUCAGCUGCAUACACGGUAAAAACUUUGUCUCGAGUUCUCAUAUCUGUAGUAAUGAAUAAGGAUGUUCCUUGGACGUUAAAGCCUUGGCACGUGAAGGCUUCGUUUAGGAAAUGCGGUUACGCUGUACCGGAAUACGCAAUAGAACUUCCCGCAACGCCUAUAGUGGGCCCCAAUAUGGAAUUGGAGAACAAGGAAUUUGCUGUAACAGUUACGAUAAACAAACAGGAGAAGGUGAACGUUCGUUGUAGAAUUCACCAUUGGAGUACUGAUCCUAUCGACAGGUUGCCUUUCAUACCCAACUUUUGGGACAACCCGUCGGAACCGAUCAUUCCCGAACAGAAAUCUGUUUUGGAUACUAUUCCACCAAAAGUAGCUAGAAAUAAGUCUCAAUAAAUAAUAGUAAUUUA